AUGUUAGCAGGAAGGGCGACCGCAUUGGUCGGUGCAGGCACGCAAGGCCGACGGCUCGCUUACAUGGCGAAGCAACUUUCCGAUAGUGUCAAGUACAUUGACCAACUUCGGGCUGCCUCUCAGAAUCCGAGCCAACGAUGGGGUGAGAUUAAGACUUUUACCUCGGACUCGUUACCUGAGGGACUGAAGAAUACGUGGUUGGUUGUCGAGUGCGUACCGGAGAGGCUGGAGCUCAAGCGACAAAUAAUCACAAAACUCGACGAGCUGGCGGCCCCCGAGACGAUCAUUGCAUCCAACUCGAGCAGUUAUAGCAUUUCCGAAAUCAUUGAUGGCCUGAAAUUGCCCCAUGAGCGACGCAUUCUCAGUGCUCAUUGUUACUGGCCUCCAGAGACUUCUGCUAUUGAACUCAUGGGUCAUGCAAAUACUGAUCCUGAAAUCAUCCCACUCCUCAUGGAGCAAUGUCGGGAUCAUGGCUUCAGUCCAUUCCAUGUGAAGAAAGAUUCCAUGGGCUACAUAUACAACAGGUGUGCUCACCUCUCGAUGCUUUCAGGCCCCUUCAGCUUCUCAGAAGCACUAAUGAAGUCUUUAUGGAACAGGAUUUGGGCCGCAAUCAAACGAGAAGCAUUGCUCACGGCGGCAGAGGGUGUGGCUACUCCGGCGGAGAUUGAUGCCAUUUUCAAAGACGUUCUGAAGACGCCGAAAGGCCCCUUUGAGCAGAUGGAUGUGGUUGGGCUCGACGUUGUGCUCAAUAUCGAGGAGCAUUACGCAGAAAAGCGAAAGGAUGUCCCUCCUGAGCCUCGCCAAUAUCUCCAGCAAUUCGUCAAAGACGGCCUUCUCGGUGUCAAAAGCGGGAAGGGAUUUUAUGAGUAUCAAAGCUCGACGACCUAUGAGUGGGGCUGGGCUUCGGAUCAACUCUCACAACCUCUGCUGAUACAACCUCAUCUGACCCCAGAACCGGUCAAUGCUGUUGAACGCCAAUGGCUUCAUACCAUAUACGAGGGGGCGUUUGAAACAAUCUUUGGAUCUUGGAUGGGUCGCCACAGCAACCCUUUCGCCGAACUCGACAGACACAUCGACGAAGAGGACGCUGUGGCCAACACAACAUCCGAACCUGGAGCUUCACCAGAUCUUGCCAGGCACGAGAAAGAAACACAACUCAACCAGUUCCUUGACCAUGCCGUCCAGUCUUUUGCCGCUCGCUGGCUACCUUUGACGCAGCAACAUAGUUUGCCAGGACUAUCCCAGGCAGACAUCGUCUGUCGUCUCUGGCGACGUGCGCAUACAGACAUGCUCAAAGUCAUAAACAGACCUUCUUAUCGAUCGAUGUUGACUCUGCUAUUGUUUGCCCUGACACCCAUCCCAGUGGGCAUAUCUGAAGAAGAAGAACUUGAAGGAGUAUCGGGACAAGUCUGCGUUCAUGCAGCACUGCAGCAGAUUCAGACACUUCGUGCACGUCAAAAGAGCCUCCAAUUCAACGGAACAAGAGUCAACCUCACCAACUCGAACCGUCCCAUUGGAGCCAGUCCUGCCUCACUUGCCACCGCUAAUUUUAUCAUCGCUGAGAGCACUGCGUAUUGGGCAGCUCUGACAUUCGACACCUCUGCCUCUUUAACCCUGAAUUGCCGGCCGUUGCUUUCUUCUGGACUUUUUGGAUUUGAGUCUGAGCCAUCCUGGCGUAUGGUGCAGACCUGUAUUGGUAUCUUCCGCGAAACGACAAGAGAUUGGAGCAAUCUUGAUGUCGACCUGACAGAUGAGAAAGCAAAUCAAGUCAUAGCGGCUGGAGCAGCGUGGAAGUUGCUGGUCUGGAAACUGACCGCCAAUCUGAAAGAAUCUCUGCGAGAUGGUCAUGAUGAGGCAGAGGUGCUCAGGGCCUUCAGCUCUGUGUCCAACGCCAUCGAUCAAUUUAACAUCACCUACCGAGAGUUGCUCAUCGCAUGCCAGCGGCGGAUACAAUUCUUCAAUCAAGAAACGAGACUUCGCUGGUGUAAGCUUUCCCCGCCCCUGAAUUCUUACGAAAUUGCGUUACUCAAACUGUCUGCAGACGAACUCAUGCUACACUAUAAUUUGGCUAUUCUGAUGGUCACUGAUAUUGCGACUGCAACUCUACGGGAGGACUUGCUCUCCCUUUUCUCGGCAAAGAGAGUCGAUGCAGAGACCUGGGUCAUGAAUUGCCUCGUCUUUGGGUUAAAUAACAAAUAUACCUUACGACUACAGUCUGAGCCAACCGUAUCCGACACCGGAAUCGCCCCUAUGCAGCUGGCAAGCUUGACUGUCCCCUUGAUUGCGAUCGAUCCAUAUCCUCACCAUGUCGUUGCAGCGGUGAAGCUCAUGCAACACGCCAUUGAGAGAGACUUUGGAGCCGAAAAGAUUAGCGCAGAUGCUUACAAUAAUCUGCGUUGUACUCUGAAGCAAACCUUGGAGCAACUGCCGCAAGUCUCCAAAUCGGUCCAGACAACAAGAGCGGAGUUUGAGACAGCUGAAUUUCCACCCCAGCCGUUGUCGCCUUACACUAAAUCGGUUGUGUGA